GGUGGCGGGGGCCAGGGCCAGACCCCGGAGCUCGCCUGCCUGUCGGCGCAGAACGGGGAGUCGUCGCCGUCGGCAGCGUCCGCGGGCGACCUGGCCCAUGCCAACGGGCUGCUGCCUGCCGCCCCCUCCGCCGCUGGCAACAAUAGCAACAGCCUGAGUGUCAAUAACGGGGUUCCCGGCGGGGCCGCCGCGGCCUCCGCCACCGUCGCCGCAGCUGCCGCCGCCCUGGCCACCCCCGAACUGGGCAGCAGCCUCAAGAAGAAGAAGCGGCUCUCUCAGUCCGAUGAGGAUGUCAUUAGGCUCAUAGGACAGCACCUCAAUGGCCUAGGACUCAACCAGACUGUUGAUCUCCUCAUGCAAGAGUCAGGAUGUCGUUUAGAACAUCCCUCUGCUACCAAAUUCCGAAAUCAUGUCAUGGAAGGAGACUGGGAUAAGGCAGAAAAUGACCUGAAUGAACUAAAGCCUUUAGUGCAUUCUCCUCAUGCUAUUGUGAGGAUGAAGUUUUUGCUGCUGCAGCAGAAGUACCUGGAAUACCUGGAGGAUGGAAAGGUCCUGGAGGCACUUCAAGUUCUACGCUGCGAAUUGACGCCCCUGAAAUACAAUACAGAGCGUAUUCAUGUUCUCAGUGGGUAUCUGAUGUGUAGCCAUGCUGAAGACCUACGAGCAAAGGCUGAAUGGGAAGGGAAAGGAACAGCUUCCCGGUCCAAACUACUGGACAAGCUUCAGACAUAUUUACCACCAUCAGUGAUGCUUCCCCCACGGCGUUUACAGACUCUCCUGCGGCAAGCGGUGGAACUACAAAGGGAUCGGUGCCUAUACCACAAUACCAAACUUGACAAUAAUCUAGAUUCUGUGUCUCUACUUAUAGAUCAUGUUUGUAGUAGGAGGCAGUUCCCCUGUUAUACUCAGCAGAUACUUACAGAGCAUUGUAAUGAAGUGUGGUUCUGUAAAUUCUCUAAUGAUGGCACUAAACUAGCAACAGGAUCAAAAGAUACGACAGUUAUCAUAUGGCAAGUUGACCCGGACACACAUCUGCUAAAACUGCUUAAAACAUUAGAAGGACAUGCAUAUGGUGUUUCUUAUAUUGCAUGGAGUCCAGAUGACAACUAUCUUGUUGCUUGUGGCCCAGAUGACUGCUCUGAGCUUUGGCUUUGGAAUGUACAAACGGGAGAAUUAAGAACAAAAAUGAGUCAGUCUCAUGAAGACAGUUUGACUAGUGUGGCAUGGAAUCCAGAUGGGAAACGCUUUGUGACUGGAGGUCAGCGUGGGCAGUUCUAUCAGUGUGACCUGGAUGGAAAUCUCUUGGACUCCUGGGAGGGGGUGAGAGUGCAGUGCCUAUGGUGCUUGAGUGAUGGGAAGACUGUGCUGGCUUCUGACACACACCAGCGAAUUCGGGGUUACAACUUUGAGGACCUUACAGACAGGAACAUAGUACAAGAAGAUCAUCCUAUUAUGUCUUUUACUAUUUCAAAAAAUGGCCGAUUAGCUUUGUUAAAUGUAGCAACUCAGGGAGUUCAUUUAUGGGACUUGCAAGACAGAGUUUUAGUAAGAAAGUAUCAAGGUGUUACACAAGGGUUUUAUACAAUUCAUUCAUGUUUUGGAGGCCAUAAUGAAGAUUUCAUCGCAAGUGGCAGUGAAGAUCACAAGGUUUACAUCUGGCACAAACGUAGCGAACUGCCAAUUGCGGAGCUGACAGGGCACACACGCACAGUGAAUUGUGUGAGCUGGAACCCACAGAUUCCAUCCAUGAUGGCCAGUGCCUCAGAUGAUGGCACUGUUAGAAUAUGGGGACCAGCACCUUUUAUAGACCACCAGAAUAUUGAAGAGGAAUGCAGUAGCAUGGAUAGUUGAUGGCGAAUUUGGAGCAGACGACUUCUGUUUAACUUAAAAUUAGUCGUAUUUUAAUGGCUUGGGAUUUGGUGCAAACAAACAUGAUUGAUAGCUGGACAGACAUGCUCGUCAUGAAAAAAGAACCAUUUCUGAAGCCCGAUUGGGGCCAAACAUUUACACCUUGCUUCAUAGUAACCAGUCGAUGAAGCACAUCGUUAGAACGUUGUUGGACACCAUGUUGAAUUAUCCCCCCAUCGGUUGUGAAGAACUGUGCUACAUUCAGGCUUACCCAUUGAACUCAGUAUAUAUAUUUUUUUCCCUCCUGCCUUUUUGUCUGGCAGGAUACCAUUCUUGUUGCUCUUCUGUGUAAUGAAGUUUAAAUGCUUGUUUGGAAAACUUUAUUUAACAGUUUAGAAGGCUUGAUAGAAAGAGUGCGUUAGUCUGAAGAGUAUACAUUGGACAGGAAAGAACUUCCUUCUUUUGUUUCUCCAAAUCUUUCCGCCUUAUUUAGCUUGAGAUCUUUGCAGCUUGGUUCAUGGAUUCUAGCCUUGCCCGUUGCGCAGUAUAUACUGAUCAGAUGAUAAACCAGUGAACUAUGUCAGAAGCACUCUCAAUACUACAUUUGACAAAAAGUUUUGUACUUUUCACAUAGCUUGUUGCCCCGUAAAAGGGUUAACAGCACAAUUUUUUAAAAAUAAAUUAAGAAGUAUUUAUAGGAUCAAAGUGACUUCAUUUGUAUACAUUUGGAAUCUAAACCAGCUUAAAAACAGUUUCCUCUAUGACUUAGAUAUGCAGUGUAACUGCUCCUCUGGAAAACCACAUGAAAUAUGGUCAGAAACAGUUCUUGGAAGGACAUUACACAGGAAAUUCAGAGAAAUACUUUGAAGGUUCCCCCGUUUUGUUUUACUACUGAAGGAACAUCAGUACCUGAUGUUGAAGAAAUUCAAGAUUCAAAAGGAGAAUUUUAAAUAAGCCAACACGAAAGAGAGAGAUCAGUCUAGGUUUUCAACAAAGCUUGCUCCAAGUUAUUCUUGACUAGGGAAGUCAUUUUGGUGUGUUCUAGCAAGAGAGUAGAAAUCAGGAGAUAGAACCACUUCGGGAAUUUAUAGUGUAGUUGAGACUUGGAACUCAGCAGGUAACAAACUGGGAUUCAGCCUCAUUGUCCUUUCUCCUAAUUACCUGACAUAGGGACACACAAUUUAGAGGAGAGCCCUUCUCAGCUUUCAGAUGUUGCCAUACCAAACCUCAUUCAAACUGGUGCUGCGGAUUGUCUUUCCCUCUCCCUCCCCUUUUAGUUAAGAUUCCUUCAUGGAAAAAGACCUAAUUUUGAGAAUCCUACAUUUAACAUAAGCCUGAUGUUCAUGGUCUGUUUAAACUCCCUAACAGCUGAGUAUAACAGUCUCCCUUGAAAUUCCCUGUUCUUUAGUAUAGGAUAAAUAGGGUGACCACAGCUGUUGAGAAGUGGGGAUUACCCCCACACACACAAGAUGCUGUUGAUGAAAAUGAUCUUGUACCAAGAUGCUCUUGAGGCCUAGCCAAGUUUGUAAUAGUCUCACUGUGGUUAUGCCUCUUCUGUACCCAUGAGGAAGACAGACUUGGACUAGAAUUUUUCCUUUGUGAGAGUUCAUAGAGAGGGAAUGGCAGCAGGGAGAGGGGAAAGUCAGGGAAAGGGAGAAGAAAGAAAAACAUUUGGCCUUAAAACUGCAUUCUUCCAAAAGCCCAUCAUAAGAGAAAAUGACAGAUUGUGGUCAGCAGAUUAUUUUAGCAAAUUGGUAUGUAAAAAUUUCCUUAAGCUUCAUUUUGCAGAGACCACCACUUCAGAGAAUCAAAGAAUUCCUGUUUUGAUACUUAAGUUAAAAUAAUAUGUUACCGUUUAUCUGGUACUUCAUUUUUUCUUGACUAAAAUUUUUACUUUAAGCUUGAAUAAAAAUUUUCAUUGGUAACUGUAUAUAAUUAAGUGGCAACUUCUCUUUACCUCAGUGCAGUUAAACCAUAUUUUGAUUCAUGUAUACCCUGAAGCCAUUAAUACAACCCAGUCUACAGUAACAUCAAAACAAAAAAGUGGGUAUUGCACUCCACAGCUGUUUACAAAUUUGGUUACAUUGUACUACAUGGCACAUAUGUAAUAAUCAUUCGCUCAGAUUUGUGCCCAUUCAGGGGUCAUUUGGCACUCAGAUUCUGCUACUGCACCCAGCUACACUUAGGUCUGAUUUUUCACAGUGCUUCUGAAGUACAGUUAAGAAACCCGUUAAGUUAAAAAGUGGAGUAAAAGUGAGGGACAUCUUGUAAGAACAUAACUCCUGUGAAAAUGGAGUAACAGCUAUGCAAAAGCGUCUGUGGCAGCUUGGUGAGUUUGGCAGCCAGGUCUGUCCUAACCUGCAGCUUCCUCUUUAUACUGGUACUUCACUGUGCCAAUUUGUUUCAGCAUUUGCCAUGUAGAGUGCACUAGAAAAGUGGAAAAGAUAGUAAACCUAGGAUUUUAUGAUGCAAGGAUGGUAGGAUUUUUCUAACCCAUAGCUAUUAACUGAAAAUCUGAUAAUGCGAUAGAGUGUAUAAUAGGUUUAAGAGUGAAAAUUCUAUCAAGCCAGCCACAAGAUACUAACAAAUGUAUAAACUGAAAAGUACCAAUACUUUUUGCACAUAGAUCAAAAUAGUGGAGAAUUUUGGCUCCAACCAUCAGGUUAGUAGGCUCAAUUCCAUGUGCUUAAAAAUGUUUUUGUUGUUAAUGCAUUGAUUAAGGGCUAGAGCGAGAAUGAAAUUAAAUGUCUUUUCCCUCUAAGUAAUUGCUUAUUAAUGGUAAAGUGUUGGAUUUGGGGAUCACUGAGGAUGGUGUGUGGGUGGUGGUAGAAGAAUUAGAGUGGGAGUUAGUUGGGAGGAAUGACAAAGGCUUCAGAUUUGGUUUUAUAUUUUAUUAGUAUUCAUGCGCCAGCAUUAUUUCUGUUCUUGGCUGGCCAGAUAAAUAUGUUGUAGCCAUCCAGGUAAGUAGUGGAAACAGGAAAAUUUGCAAAUGUUCCCACAAAUUAACCCGUUUCAUUGGGUGGGAGAACAAAGGAAGUGAUUUCCCAAACUAUAAGUAAUUAAAGUAACUUGCUAGUUGAACAAAAACCAAUUUUGUCAAUAUUUUCCUAGUCUAAAUAAAAUACAAGUAGUAAGACAGUGAGGUUUAUUAUUAGGAGUGUUCUGCCUGAAGAGUGGCAUUCAAUGACAUUAAUAGAAAAUCCUUCUUUCCCACCCCUCCCCAUCUUGAAAUUUUCUUUUUUAGGAUGUUGGUUCCUGCAAACAAGAACUGACCCCUGCCUCCCAGUGGGUAAAUAGAUCGCACAUCUCUUGAAAGGGAACAUACCCAUGUCAGUUACUUUACAACAGAAGAAUGGGGAGGAAAGAAGAUAUUUGUCUUAAUAUCCUUUUUAUCCCAUCUAAAAAGUGAAUAUUUCUAUGGAGUAGUUUUUACAUUAAUUUCUCAUUUAGACUUCAGCAACUCUCCCUUUGUGUUGCUGGCCAAAUCAAACCUGAUUUAACAACUACUAACUUAAAAAGAGGUGAAUUUGCAUUUACACUUAGACACUUUGUAAAAACAGGGUGAACUUAUUUGAAACUUUCCAGUGUUAAGCUAUUGUUAUAGUAGCUGCCCUAUAGUUGCAAAAAUAAAACUAAAAAAAAACGUCCCUUAUCUACUAAUCCAGAUAGCCUGGAUUUAAUGAAGCUAAUAGUUUAAAAGUGUGUGUAUGUGUGGGAGAGAAUACUUAAUUCAUAAUGUCUUGGGACACAGCUGUUCUAGGCUCUUGUCAUUUUUACUGAGAGUUUCAAACGUGCACAUGUGAAGUGCCCUCCCUGAGUUUAAGGCUUGGUUAAUAUUUGUCUAUUUUUAUAAGAAUCAGAUUGUGUCCCAUCUUUAACUGAGGCAUCUUGAUUGUCAGGAUCAGUGUACUAGAACUGAAUCAUAACAUUUAAGCACUGAUGGAAAAAAAGUUACUGGCUCCUUGAAAUUGUGUGUGUGUGCGUGCGUGCGUGCGUGCGUGUGUGUGUGUGUGUGUGUGGUGAAGGUAGUAGGGUACACGUGCUUACAAACCAAGCUGUAGAGAUCAAGGAAGUGCUUCAGUGUUGAUCUCAAGGUUUCUAAGUUGUGGAGAGACAUGGCAUUGUGGUGGAACUUAGUUAACACUUAGAGCUUUUGGUAUGUAAUAACUAUUUGAUAUGGACUGAUUAAAUGUUUCCAGAGGAUUGUGUUCUUAAACCUUGGGUUUGUUUGUUUAACUGCCUCUCAGAUUAUAUUUAGUAGCUUAAAUUUCUUUGCUUUAUUAUUUCAUAAAUAUAAAAAUUUCAGGUCUCAUAUUUAUUUUCACUUGUUCUACUAAUUAUUUACAAGACACCUUUUUGUUGACUUUUAUUUUAUAAACGUGUGGUAUAUUAAAUGUCUUUAAAUUUUUGUUUGAUUGAAAUUACGUUAACUUUGAUUUGCUUUACUGGGAUUUUUUAAAAAUUUUAUUUUAAAUACACCUUUCCCAUGUCAGUGCAUAGCACUUACUCAGUCCUUUGUAUUCCCUUUCUCUCAAUCCAAUAAACAGAAUGAAUAAUUAA